AUGGCUCCCCCGACAUCUUUGUUUUGUUUCCCCGGCUUAAUUUCGUUGAUUUUUCAUAAUGCUUUUGCUAUAGGAUCUGCUGUUGGCUUCAGGUUAGAUAGCCUCCUUAAACUCACGGAAACAAGGGCCCGGAACAACAAGAUGACUCUCAUGCAUUAUCUUUGCAAGGUGAUUGCUGAUAAACUACCAGAACUUCUUGAUUUUUCGAAAGAUCUUAUCAGCUUGGAACCUGCAUCAAAGAUACAACUCAAAUUUUUGGCGGAGGAAAUGCAAGCUAUUAGCAAAGGACUGGAAAAGGUUGUACAGGAAUUGUCCAUGUCCGAAAAUGAUGGACCUGUGUCCAUUAAUUUUCGAAAGGCUAAUUCUGGAAUUGAGCUGAUAUUUCUGGAAGGGCCAAGGCUGAGAUCUGCUGUUGGCUUCAGGUUAGAUAGCCUCCUUAAACUCACGGAAACAAGGGCCCGGAACAACAAGAUGACUCUCAUGCAUUAUCUUUGCAAGGUGAUUGCUGAUAAACUACCAGAACUUCUUGAUUUUUCGAAAGAUCUUAUCAGCUUGGAACCUGCAUCAAAGAUACAACUCAAAUUUUUGGCGGAGGAAAUGCAAGCUAUUAGCAAAGGACUGGAAAAGGUUGUACAGGAAUUGUCCAUGUCCGAAAAUGAUGGACCUGUGUCCAUUAAUUUUCGAAAGGUUUUGAAGGAGUUUCUUUCUUUUUCUGAAGGUGAAGUAAGGUCCUUGGCUUCACUUUACUCUGGGGUGGGUAGAAACGUGGAUGCAUUAAUUCUUUACUUUGGAGAAGAUCCAUCUCGUUGCCCAUUUGAGCAAGUUAUUUCUACUAUACUCAACUUUGUGAGAAUGUUCAAUAAAUCGCAUGAGGAAAAUUGCAAGCAGUUGGAGUUUGAAAGAAAGAAAGCGGAGAAGGAAGCAUCAAAUGAGAAGUUGAAGAUAAAUGCUUCACAGACUGACACUGGACACUUCAUGCAUUCUCCAAUAAAGAGUGUCAAAUAA